UCGUCUAGAUAGUCCUCCAACAAGGUCUUUAUUUGUAUUUACUGAAAAAUCUGUUUUAAACCUUGCUUUAACUCUCGAUAUUUGCGUUUACAGGUAUAUCAUAGCAUUUUGUUUUGUGGUGGAUACCGAAAUUGAGAGCGCUAUUGUAGUUAAAGGCGAGGCAGGAAUGAGCAUUGCGGAACUCAAGGAUACAAUCUACGAGAAGAAAAAGAAGUAUUUUGAAAAACAAGAUUAUGAUCCCAGCGAUUUGCAUCUAUAG